UACGGACUCUAGUGGACGCUGUCAUUUUGAGUUUAUAACCUGCUGUCAUUUUAGCUCUGCUAAAGAAAAAGAAAAGAGUAUCACAGAGUAUUUACAGAUAGAAUAAACUCGUCGUCAUUAAAUUAGCCUAAACUAGGAAGUCCUGAAGUGUCAUGUGACGGUAAAAAAAAAGAUGGCCGCGGUGCAGUGGCGUUCCCGUGGGCGUAACUAUGAGGCAGAGCUGCAGAGGUGUCAUGCUGAGGGGAUCCCUGUGGAGUUCGGGGACUACCACCCCCUCAAACCUAUCAUGGUCACAGAUACAAAGAGCCGGCGGGGAACCCGUAAAGGCAGCACUUCCUCCUCUUCUUCCUCCUCCUCUUCAGCACCUGCCGACCCCCUCAGCUCCAUGCUGGACGGCACAGACCCCCUGUCCAUGUUCGCCGCUGCCUCUUCCAGCGAGACGUCGGCCUUGCCACGUAGCAGCUCCACUGGGGAUCUCGGGAGGAAGAAGAGAGUUAAGGAGGAGGAGGCGCUUGGAGCAGAUUUUGAGUCCUGGUCAUCAAAGCGAGGAGACAUCCUGGCCAGGUUCACCACCACCGAAAAACUCUCCAUUAGUCUCUCUAUGGGCUCUGACAGAGGAAAAGCUCCCAACCCGGGAUCAUCGGCCGUUUCAGAGAAAGUUCGCACUCGCUUGGAGGAGCUGGACGAUUUGGAGGAGGGUUCCCAGAGGGAGCUGCUGAACCUCUCUCAGCAGGAUUAUGCCAACCGCAUCGAGGAGCUCAACCAGUCCCUGAAGGAGGCCUGGUCCUCUGACCAGAAGGUUAAAGCCCUGAAGAUCGUCAUCCAGUGCUCCAAGCUGCUGUCAGACACGUCUGUGAUCCAGUUCUACCCCAGCAAGUUUGUCCUCAUCACCGACAUCCUCGACACUUUUGGUCGUCUGGUUUAUGACAGAAUCUGGACCAUGUGCUGUGACCCCCGACCUUUGCCAGACUCCUUCACAGCUGAGGAUGUGAACGACACGGCCAAAGAGACGUGCCUGAACUGGUUCUUCAAGAUCGCCUCCAUCAGAGAGCUGCUGCCCAGGCUAUACGUUGAAGCUGCAAUUCUCAAGUGCAACCGUUUCCUCAGCAGAUCAGGAAUCCAGGAGACGCUGCCUCGGUUGACCGCCAUGAUCCGUGGGAUCGGCGACCCUCUUGUUGCUGCUUACGCCAGAGCUUACCUCUGCAGGGUGGGCAUGGAGGUGGCGCCCCACCUGAAGGAGAGCCUGAACGCAAACUUCUUCGACCUGCUGGCCACCUUCCGGCAGAUCAGCGGAGACAGCGUCCAGAGGCAGCUGCACGUCCAGAGGGUGGAGGUACCGGUGUACCUGACGCUCUACUCACCCGCCAUCAGCUGGAUCCUGCAGUGUAUCGCAUACAGAGCUCCAGAGCAACUUCUGACAGAGAUGAUGGAGAGAUGUAAGAUGAUGGCCAAUAAUGCUUUGCUGCUGAACUCGAUAAUGAGAGCCUUCAGACCGGAGUUUGUUGCAACCAGAGCCACAGAUUUCAUCGGAAUGAUCAAAGACUGCGACGAGUCCGGCUUCCCGAAGCAUCUGCUGUACGGGUCUCUGGGCCGCAGUCUGGGCUGCGCCGACCCUCCAGAGUCCGAGAGGCUGACGAUUCUGAACGAAGCCUGGAAGGUCAUCACCAAAGUCCGAAACGCUGAGGAUUACAUGAACUGUGCAGAGAUCUGGGUGGAGUUCACCUGCAGACACUUUACCAAACGUGAGGUCAACACGGUCCUGGCUGACAUCAUCAAACACAUGACCCCCGACCGCGCCUUCGAGGACGCCUACCCUCAGCUUCAGUCCGUCAUCAGGAAGAUCCUCACCUACUUCCACGACUUCUCCAUCCUCUUCUCCAUGGAGCGCUUCCUGCCGUUCCUGGACAUGUUCCAGAAGGACAGUGUGAGGGUGGAGGUCUGCAAAUCCUUCAUGGAGAUCUUCAUCAAACACCAGCUGGAGGUCACCAGGGACCCGGUCAUCCUCAACGCCAUGCUGCACAUCUGCAAAACCAUGCAUGACUCCGUCAACGCUCUGACUCUGGAGGACGAGAAACGAUCUUUGGCUGUGCUGAUCACCGGCUUUAUCCGCAUGGUCUCCUUCGGUCGGGACUUAGAGCAGCAGCUGACUUUCUGUGUGGAGGCCAGAGCCACCUUCUGCAACCUGGAGCCGGUCCUGGUCCAGCUGAUCCACACGGUGAACCAGCUGGCCAUGGAGACCAGGAGGGUGAUGAGAGGGAAUCACUCCCGGAAAACGGCGGCUUUCGUCCGGGCGUGUGCAGCCUAUUGUUUCAUCACCAUCCCGUCGCUCAGCAACAUCUUCAGCCGCCUCCACCUCUACCUACUGUCUGGUCAGGUGGCGUUGGCCAACCAGUGUCUCUCUCAGGCGGACGCCUUCCUGAAGGCGGCAGUCAGCAUCCUGCCCGAGGUUCCUCGCUCCAUCAGCGUGGAGGGGAAGCUUCGCUCCUCUGAGAGCUUCCUGCUGGACUUCAUCAACAACUUCCUGGCCACCCUGCUGGUCAUCCCGGACCACCCUGAGCACGGCGUGCUGUAUCUGGUCCGGGGGCUGCUCAACAUGGUCCAGGACUACACCUGGGAGGACGGCAGCGACGCCAAGGUGCGGAUUUACAUCAGCGCCCUGCCGCUGCUCGCUGCUAUGAGUCAGGACACGUAUCUCUACUCCAUCGCUAAAGUGGACUCCAAUGAGACGCUGUAUGGAGGAGACCCAAAGUUCCUCUCAGAGAUCAACAAGCUGUGUGAGACGCUCAUCGGCCAGAUUUUGGACCAUCUGAAGGGACUUUCUAAGGACGAGCAGAGCACGCGGCGUCAAAGCGCCCUGGCCUUCUCCCUCUUCGGCGUCCUUGUCGCCCACGGCGACCUGAGGAACAACAAGCUGAGCCAGCUGUCCAUCAACCUGUGGAACCUGAGCCACAAACACGGACACUGCGACACUCGGAUUGCUGUUCGGACUCUGGAGUCCAUCAAACAUCAGGCUCAGCUGCCCGCCAUGGCCCACCUGUCAGACACCGUCCAGAGGCUCGCCCUGCAGUCCCGCACCUGAAAGCUCUGCUGGGAAAACAUGAUCAAUGAUGUCACUAAUGUAAAUAAAAUAGAUUAAACUACUAACAUCAACAUGA